CACUUGGCCCAGAGUCACGUGACCUGAUGCAAUCAAACUAUUAAAACCUGCACAGGAACCGGCCUUGCACGCAGCUGCGGUAACCUUGACAUUUCGUGAGGCAUGGCAAAGUACUUGGCACAGAUCCUGGUGAUGGGAGCGCAGGUUAUAGGGCGGGCAUUCACAAAGGCUCUACGCGCAGAGUUUGUAGCAAGCAGGGCAGCAGCUGAGGCAAGAGGAGGGCGGGCAGGAAAGGAGUCGGCUGCAGCCAGCAGCCUAUCGGGAAUAAGUUUGCAAGAAGCCCAGCAAAUUCUAAAUCUCUCUAAACUGGAGCCUGAGGAGAUUCAGAAGAACUACGACCACCUAUUUAAAGCCAAUGACAGAGCUGCAGGAGGAUCCUUCUACCUGCAGUCCAAGGUUGUGCGAGCCAAGGAGCGACUAGACCAGGAGUUGCAGAUCCAAAAUAAAACAAAUAAACAUGAAGAAGAGGCCAAGACCACGUGAGGCCCAGCCCAUGCGUCAGCCUUCACUUGGCUUACGGGAGUCUGUACUCUUGUUGUGAGAACUGUAUCUGUAUAGAGACUCGGAGGCCUCAGUCUAUCCUCGGCGUGGAAGUGACCUUCUUGUAUUUUAAGUUAUUAAGCUACGUAAUUUAACUGCAAUCUGCCAAAAUGACAUGCGUAGCUUCCCUGAUGUACAAUGUAAAUGGUGCACAUGAAGCACUGAAUGUCACCAGUACUCCUUUUCUACAAUAAAUGUCUAAUGUACAUACAAAAGUCUCAAUAUAAAUCGUACAAAAAUAUUCUCCAUCUAGAAGGGAAAAGUGCAUCUGACUAGUGAAUCUCAUAGGACCAAUAAAAAGAUUUUUAUAUUCUA